UAUGUGAAGUUCGCUUCGGAGCGAAUUUAGCUCUUCCUUUCUCAUUGAAAUCAAAAUGAAUCACGUAGAAUUUAUAAUUUAUUGCAUGUUUACUUACACAUCCUCCGCGAAGGUAGGCACCUUGUCGUGGUGCGGGGGCUUAGUCGAAUCAUUAAUCAGACCUUAUCAAUGGAUGAUAGUGGGUUCGUUUACGUACAUUCCAGUAUUGAACGAGUUCACUCCAUUCCCAUGAUUCCGGCUGCCUUUUUGAACGAUGACCAAAUUCUACCAAUCGGAGGAGCAAACCUCUUAAAAAAGCUCUGGGUUGGAACAAGGUGUAAUACGAUCCGUGCCGAGGUUCAGCCUGGCUGGGGACCCAGAUUUAAAAAAUAGCCCAGUCGCGAACGGAGUGCUCCGGAUACCUGGCGACCUCCGGUUCUAUCUAGCCUUACCUGUGCACACGGACCUCUGUGCAGGUGGACCUCUUUUGUCCGACACUCGUGGGACCACAAAUGAACAGAAAUUUAAAUAGAAGAAACGAAAUGGAGGGCGGUCCUCCAAAAAAACCGACGGCGGUGGCUUCGGCCUCGAGCACGGCAGUGGUCAAACCACCGUCAGGGGCAAUAUGGACCUUCAGAGAUAGGGCUGGUAGGUGGAGAGGAGGACUGGGAAAACCGGCCUUUAGCCUUUUUACGGCAGGAGUUAUAGGGUCAACUCCGCCUAGGGUAAACAUGCCCUAUUCCACCCCAACAUCUAUCAGAGGGUGGGGAGAGGCACCUGCUUUAAGGAUUAACCAGCAGGUUGUUGUUGAGAAACCAGGCAGCUCAAAACAUGUUGCAAAUGUAGGUAAAGAGGGAGGGCGUAAGCAUGCCCGUCCCUCGAAGCGGGCCUAUUACGAAAGGAAGGCGGCCAUCAAGGUCUUAUCUAGGUUACGAGAUGUGCCAGCGAAUCAGUUAACAGUGGAACAGGCCAGGUCUGUUGAAUGGGCAAAGGGGGUGGUAUCCAGCUCGGGAAAACCGGUGGAUACUGCUCCAAAAAGGCAAAGUACACCUGACCAUACAGAGGAAGGGGUCGCCAAAAAAACAAAAAUAGGGGGCCAUAAGUACCCGAUAUUUGGCGAAGUGGUAAACAGUGGCGGUGAGGUACUGGGCAUCGUUGACAGAGCAGAGGAGGAAGGGGCUAUUCCCAAGGAGAAAUGGAAGUCGGUUGAGGAUGCUAUUGCUGAAGUCUAUCUCCAGGUUCUAGAGGAAAACCCCGGACCUCCUCCGCUCUGUCACGAUAACGGCUGGUACCAAGGUAGGGCGAAGCUCAUCGCUUGUGAGGAUAAUAGGUCAGCUCAGCUCUACAGGGUGGCCGUCAGUAAAGUCGGUGAGGUUUGGCCGGGGGCCAAACUCGUAGCAAUCAGCAAGGAAGAAAUUCCAAGCAGACCAAGAGCUCGAAUACGGAUUCCUGCCAAGCCGGCGGAGCCGGAAAAAAUAGAGCAGAUAUUUAAAUCCUGCAACGGUGACCUGCCAACCCAUAAUUGGAAAGUAUGGAAGAUUGAGGAGCCAGUAGAUGGUAGAAGACAGGUGUUGUUGCUUCUCAACGCCGAAACACUCGCCCCACUGGCGGGAAAAGGAUGGAAGGUCCGAUUUGGGUUCGUCGACGUAGCCGUUCGGAUUUACCGAAAUGAUGAGCCAGCUCUAAAACUUGGUGAAGAGAGCGAUAGAUCUAACUUGAACAGCGGUGACGAAGAACGGUUAUCCAGCAGCCAGUACUCGACCGAUUCAGAGAGGCUUGUGGAACCGUUGUUUAAUGAAGAUAAUAUUCUCUCUGUCGAGGCCGAUUGUGAGGAGGUCGUUGAGGAAGACGUUGACGCCCCCAUGGUGGAGACUAAGUGGGCAGAUUCAUGUGAAACUGCUCCAAAUAAAUCUCCGCUAUUCUAGGCUCGCAUCUGCGAAGCUUUCUGCCCGCUUGGCUGCCGGCGGACAUUAUGUAGCUCUCAUCAAAGAGCCGUGGAUCAAUGGCAACAAAAUUUGCGGUUUGAGAGUGAAGCGCUUUAAAUUGAUUGCCAGUGAGCACAUGGCUUAGCAGCGGCGAUUUGGUGGCGGAGAAGUCCCGACAUUAAUGGCAGAG